CAAUGAGCUAUUUUUGUCAUUUUUUUCGACGUCAAUUUCUAUAAAACAAUAACAUAUUUCAGUGUCAAAUCUGGAUGGGAAAAAUCUGAUUUAUUCUCCAUUUAUCAUACCGAAUUCCUUGAUAUCGGACUGCCAAUAUGGAGGAGAAGACGGAUCAGGAUUCGGAUGUGAGUGCCAUUAAAGUUCAACUUAUUCAAGUCAAGACGGAGCCGCCAGACGAAGAUAUACAGGACUAUGCUGAAGACACCAUGAAUGAGUUGCUGGCUAUUUAUGGUUACAAUGAGAAAGUGGAACAUGGCGUUACCCAGAGUAUGCAGUUAGCCCCAAAAUAUCAGAAGGAAGAGAGAGGAUUGAGAAAGCGGCUUCUUCUGGCGCAUGCAAACAAAGGUGAUGAGGCAAGCGAGUCGGGGAACGUCACGCCCGUGUCCGGUUCUGAUCCCCAGUCGGCAGAGGAGGAACCCAGUUCACCUACUAGCUCUCAGGAUGCUUCAGAUAUGCUUGAAGGUCUACAAGAGGGUGGCAAGUGUAGCGAUAGAGACCAUAUUACUUGUGCUUGGUGCAAGAGUCCUGGCUUCAAGCAUUAUACCCUUAACACCCAGACCGAGUCGAAAGCUUUCUGCAGUGAACGCUGCUUCGCUUCCUGCAGAAGGGCAUACUUCAAGAGGAACAAGGUCUGUGACUGGUGUCGGCAUACCCGUCACUUGCAGGACUACAUCAACUUGAUAGAUGGAGAGCGGAGGUUACAGUUCUGCUCCCCGAAAUGCAUGAACCAGUACAAGAUGGAAUCCUACUACAAGGAUGGUCCGUCCCUGAAACGAAAAGGGACCAAAGCUGGUGCCAGCAGUGGCAGCAAGAGCAACGGUUCCGCCCCGGUGUCGCCCACUUUGCAGCAGCAGAGUUUAUCAAGAGGGAACAGUCCAGACACUGUCUCCCAGGAUACAUCGUAUCAUGAUUCCCAAACUAGCCCUUCUAACAUUCCAUUGUCUGGGGUGUUCCAGACCAAUUCCAGCUCGUCGCAGUCCUUGAUGGGUAUGCCUCAGCUUAGGCCAAGUGGAGUCUUUGGAGUGCAGACUGUCAUGCCUCAGGCCAUGUCCUUCCGCCAGGUUGUUCCCCAGAUGCCAGUUAUGCAAGUGGUUGGGUCUGGAGGGGUGCCUCUGAACAUGGUGCAAGGGCUUAAUCAAUCCUCAAUGGCUGGCUCACGUAAAGCAACUGGCCGACUCAACCCGCAGCAGUGGGGUAAUAUUCAAGGGAUCCAAGGUGUAACCAGCUUUAAGAAGAUACGACCAAAACCACAAGGCAGCAGUGCUACAUUACCCAGCAGCACAGUGACUUCUGCCAGCAACAGCGCACCAUUCAGUAAACACAAGCCCCGUCGAGACACACCAAGUAGUACUUCAGCAGCAGCAGCAGGAAGUUCUGUCCUUCCUCCUGUGACUGUCAUGGUCCCCCACCCUGUCUUUAUACCCAUUCCUGUUCCAAUUCCAAUCCCCAUUCCUGUUUGUAGAGAGGUUUACGAAGCUGCUAUGGCAAAGGUCAAAGAAAAAGCUGAUGAAACUGAACAGGAAGCUGCAACCUCAUAUGAUCAUGAUGAGCAGUAUGGGAGUAAAACAGAGAGGAGGAGGAUAUCUGACAUGUUUACUAAUGGGAGCUCUCAUUUGCCAUCAUCUAGCAGUACUGGGGCCUUUGUGCCCUACCGCAGCCAUCCUGCAGAUGUGCAAGAAAACGUAAGCAACAGUACUGAUGGUCACUCCAUGGAUGCCAUGUUAUCCAGCAGCAUGCAGUCAAAUUUCACCAUGCCCCCCUCCUCCUCCUCAGCCAGUGAGGCCUUGGAGUCCAGACUGAGACUUCAACCUCAACGGCACCCAUCUCACAUCAGUACAGCAACGGUAGAAGCUAUGCACCGCUCCAUCAACUCCCGCAUGCUGCGCCACAAGUGCCUGCAGAGGAGCGCUAGCAUGGACCUUAGCUUUGGCCGCUACAACACCCUCACCGCUCUCACCGACUUCCUGGGGGAGAAACGUAGCUUCAAUCCCCUCCAACAUGGUUCUCAUGGUAACCAGGAACUACCUGCCAAUUCCCAUGGAUUGAACACCAGAGCAAGCCACCCUGCACUGCCCACCAAAGGAGCGGGUGAGCUGUCACCGAGUGUACGGGAAGCCCUCCGUUGCCACCUUACCCGCAGACUGUCCCAGUCAGCCCUCAACCUCACCGACGUCGGCAGAUACCCGGAAGAGGACCGACUGCGCAGGAGCCAGAGCAUGAGUCGUCUGCAGGAAGACUCGGACAAUGGUCACCACCAAGAGAUGGAGGCCAUCAGCUCCCAUACAAGCCUUGAGAAGCUUGCUGAUACCAGCGAUUCCUCGGAGCAUGUCGACCCUCAGAUGUGUGGCAGCGGCAGCGGUUCCUUGCAGAUUGAUGACUCAAGUUUGCAGCCAACCACUAAGAGAAGAUGCCUUGGAAGUCCAAACCAGAUUGACUAACAAAGAGCAGUGGUAUGUUUUAUUGGUCCUACAUGUAUGGUUUCAGAUCCACCUGUCUAGCUGGCUGUGCCUUUCACCUUGUACAGUUCAUUCACUUGUAAUGUAUGUCUACAAAUCUAUUUCAAAUGUGGAGCUGCAUAUCUAUAAUCUAAAAUACCAGGGAACAUAUGUUUCCAAAUCAACGAGAACAGAUCUUUCUUUUUUUUUUAUCCAGAAGGACGUUAACUCAUAUACUCUGACACAGAGUCGACGCCCUUUUGGUUCCAAACAGACAAAACGGUACAUAUCCAUACAGAAAAUAAAGGAAAUGCAAUGUGUGUUAGGACACACUUUACUUUAUGUGUACUCAAUUAUUUUUACUUUGAGAACACACGUUUGAGGUAUGUCCAAAUGGUUGUCCCUGAAUUGUCAUGUGUUAUGGUAGCAUUCCUAGAUGUAAUGUGCUCCAUGUGAAUUACCCUGCUAAGCUUGAUGUAAUUAAUGUAGUCCUUGUAGUUUUCUGUUCAAUUCAUUUUUGCAGCAAACAGCACAGGAAACUUCAGCUUGAGUAUAUAGGGUGUUCACUCAUUUAUAUUGCAGUUGUCCAAAAUAUGCCUGUACUCGUAUAUUUGUACUUGUCUUGACCAUACAAGGUGAUUCAUUAGCUGCAACCCAGUGAGCUUUACCAUACAUAGGGUAGAUGGUUGUCUUUGACAGCGUUUGAUUACAGUGGAACCUCAUUAUGAAGAGCUCUGUUAUAACAAAGUGAUUUUGCUGGUCCCAGUGGUUAAUAUUCUUCUUUUUUUUACACCCUGAUAUGUAAAAAAGAUUCCUGGGCCUCGUUUUAUAAAGAGUUGAUAUUAUAUACAACUUAUUUGUGAUUGAUUGGAGGACUUGCGAUUGAUUUGGUUGUUG